CAAACACACAAAACUGCGUUGACUUUCACUACUGACACCAAAGUCUACAACAAAAAGCUAUUUAUUGCCAAAAAAGUGCCAAAAAUACGCAUUUCUGGGACUCACUGACACAAUACACACACCAAACACUCGCAGACACCACCCUGGUGCUAAUCAUCACCACCACCGCAUCCACCUCAUCAGCCAAUACACGGUCAUCAGUGGUGUGUCGCCGCCAACACUGCCAUUGCUUCUGUGUAUAAGUGUCACCAAACAGCUGAUCCCUAGCCGAGAGAGCCAUGCACUGGACGACACACCUGGAGGGUGGGCCCAAACGCGUGAACCACGCGGCGGUGGCUGUGGGACAGUAUGUCUACUCCUUCGGCGGCUACUGUACGGGUGAUAACUACGGCCUCUUGAAGCCCAUCGACUGUCACAUCCUGGACACAGAGACCCUGCGCUGGAAACUGAACACCACGUCGUGCGACCUCCAGAAGCUGUGCGACCCGUCGCAGCAGCGCCUGGAGUCUGAGGUGCCUUUCCAACGGUACGGCCACACGGCGGUGGCCAACGGGGAUAUGGUGUACAUAUGGGGCGGCCGUAACGACAUCUACGCCGACAACACGCUCUACUGCUUCGACACGAGCGCCGGCGACUGGACGGACAGGCCCCCGGUGACCGGCAACAUACCGGGCGCUCGCGACGGACACACAGCGGUGGCCAUCGCGGACAAGAUGUACAUCUUCGGCGGCUACGAGGAGCUCACCGAACGCUUCUCGAACGACAUCUACUGCCUCGACCUCCAGACGUACGUCUGGUCGUACGUGAAGGCCUCGGGAACGCCCCCCUCGUGGCGCGACUUCCACUCAGCGGUGGCCUACGGGAACCGGAUGUACGUAUUCGGGGGCCGAUCGGACCGGUCGGGACCCAAUCACUCGCAACAGGAGCUCUACUGCAAUGUUAUCAUGUAUUUCGACGUCGCGACCAACGCGUGGGUUACGCCGGACACCCGGGGCCUGAGGCCCACCGGGAGGCGCUCGCACUCGUCGUUCGUCUAUAGCGAUAAUAUAUACGUCUUCGGCGGCUAUAAUGGCGUCGAUAGAGUCCAUUACAACGAUUUGUACAAAUUUGAUCCAAAGACCAGUCAGUGGUCGCUGAUGGAAGUCCACGGGAGGCGUAGGCCGUGCGCCCGGCGGCGCCAGUGCUGUUGCGUAGUGGCCGAUAGGCUGUACCUGUUUGGCGGCACCAGUCCGUAUCUUAUGCAACAAAUGGUCGGUCCGUCGCCGCCGUAUUACUCGCACAUAGACUUAGGACUCAGGGAUCACUCCGACCUCUUUAUACUAGACUUCAACAGUGGUUGGGAUGGUAUGGGAAGCAAAGAGUCGGAGGACUGUCCUCUACUCUGCCUUCACUUCACUUCAAAUCGAUUCUUGAGUUCAUAUAAGGAAUGGGACGUCAAAGAGGACGACAUGAAAGGGUGCCUCAGAGGAGGGGAGGGAAGGGAAAGGGAGGCCUACAGUGUGAAGGGUGGUAGGGAGCCAUCGCUGAAGACAUUAAGCAUUUUGGUGGCCAUCGAGAAAGAGCUGAUAUCCAAGGAUUUGCCUAAAAAUAUUCAGUUGGAGAUCGAGAUGAUGACCAAAGACAACGCCAUCACCAGAAUCUCGCCUAACAUGGGCUGACCCUCUCAGGGCUUACUCUCACACCACUACUCGCCUCUAACUUUAAACUCAAUUCUUAAUUAUUAUUAAGUUUUACUUUUUGAAUGAAACGAGAAUUUGAUUUUUAUUUUGUGAAUUUUAUCCAAUGAAUUAAUUAUUAUUACUAUUAUUAUUAUUAUUAUUAUACGUUAUUUUGUUUUAUUGUUUUAAACGCCUUUUUGAUUGUCGUUUUAAAAUGAGUGAAACAAAAAAAAGUUAAUUUAUUUUUAAUUUAUAUUUUUUUUGAAUUCGUGCUGUGAAUCCGGACUUUCCAUACCGAGAGUGAAAAAACAGUCAUUUUUGUGUUAUUUAUUAUAUUAUAAGUUGUUUUUGUUUUUUGUGUAAUUAUUAUGAUUAUGAUUAUUGUUUAAACAUAUAUUUUGGGCUUUAAUUUACGGCCAAAACACAUGACAAACACAAGUACUGUAUAAACGAUUGAUUCAAUUCAAUAGCGGAUUAAACUGUGAUUUUAAGUGACAAACAAAUAAUACAAAUGUAUGUAUAAAACAAAAAAACAAAUAGUUUUUAAUACGGAAUUUUUUUCAUUUUUAGCCCACAAUUUGUAGCGAUAAUUACAUUAUAAUUACGGUAUACACCGGUAUAUAUAUUCAGGCUUUUAUCGGAUAUAAAACUUAUAAGCAAACAGUAUAUAUAAAAGUAUUAAACGAUUAGUACCUCCCGUUCCCCCUAUAGCCAGGCCUCUGGCCCGUGCUUUUCCUUAACGACGGUAAACUUGUCGACCACAACGCCUCCCUAUUAGUGAC